AUGACAAAUAUCAACUUAAUUAAAGUAUUGCGAUUAGUUUUUAGAAGGUGCAGCGCCACUUUUCCCUCACGUCAAUUGACCCAGAGCAGCAGCAUGCUCAUCCCAUUAGACGCAUCACAUUUAAUCAUGAUGGAUGAGCUGGAGUCAAACCAGCUUCUUGGUGGCGACAACGGCGAGCCAGUGCAAAAGAAACAGCAUCACAAAAAAAGCGGGCGUCUCAUACUUCUCACAUCUCUCUUAGUGAACCUUUUUUUAACCUGCUUCAUUGUCAUAUACUUGAUUUGCCAAAAUUAUACACCAAGGACAUCUUAUGAGAAAGGCUUUCAUACUGAUCUAGGACCUAUCAAAUCUAAGAUAGGACUAAUUCAACAGCGCUUUACCGGUGGGGAGGAAAUUGAUCACAACGGAAACUUCGUCAAAGAUCAACGAGGCAGCGAAUACAUCGGAUCUCCGUCUCCAGAAGUCGAUGCCGUUUGGGAUAGACUUUUGCUAGGUAUGAGUGCCGCUUUCGAAUUUAACUCCGUGCCGAUCUAA